AUGCGUCUAUUUGCUACGAGCAGGGCCCUGCGCCUUGGCAGUGGAAGAUGGUCUAUAACCUCUGCCCGCAGCAGCAUUCGCCUGCCGCUUUCCCAACUUCUACGCGCUGGCUCUGUCGGACAUAGAGAGUGGAGCUCUACAGUUAUACGGAGAACACAGCACACAAUAAACAAGUCCGAGUCUACAGCAACAACUCCUUCAGCUUCUCCCAAGAGCCUGACAGUGGGAGGCAAAGCGUAUCCUAUUGACGACUGGACGAACACUCCCGAUACCAUCCUCGCGCACAUCGAUCGCAGACUCUAUCUCGAUGAUAGCCACCCUCUCGCGAUCACUCGGAAGCUGAUUGAGAGUCAAUUUCCCCGCCCCGUCUACGGCAACUAUUCUGAGAAGGACCCAAUUGUGACGACUGCGCAGAAUUUCGAUGUCCUGGGUUUUCCCGCGGAUCAUCCCGGCCGGAGUCGCACAGACACAUACUACCUUAACGAAAAGACGGUUCUUCGGACACACACAAGUGCCCAUCAGCAGGCUUAUUUCCAGCAGAUCAGCCGCAAUGAAGAAACUCGCCCGGAAGAAGUUGGGUACACUGUUGUUGCGGAUGUCUAUCGGAGAGAUGCGAUUGAUCGUAGCCACUACCCGGUGUUCCAUCAGAUGGAAGGUGCUAUGUUGUGGAAGCGCCCUGCCGACAAACCACUAGAGCACGCGAAACAAACUGCCGCCGCGAUCAUGAAGGACGUCUAUAGCAUUCCGUCUCAUAGCGUACCUGUUGAAGACCCAAAUCCUACUAUCCAUCCGCAGCGAAACCCGCUUCAGGCCGACUACCAUAGCGAAGAGGAAGUCGAAGCCAUCGCCGCGCACCUCAAGAGGUCUUUGGAGAGAAUGGUGAUCAAGGUUUUCAGCGAGGCACAAAAGGCUUCUGCGGCCUCCGAGGGCGCAGAGGCUGAGACUUUGAGGGUUCGGUGGGUCGAAGCAUACUUCCCUUUCACCAGCCCAUCGUGGGAGCUGGAGGUAUUCUGGCAGGGCGACUGGCUUGAGAUUCUGGGUUGUGGUGUGGUCAAGCAAGAGCUUCUUAACAACUCCGACGUGCCGAAUCGCGUAGGCUGGGCGUUUGGUUUGGGCCUGGAGCGCAUCGCCAUGCUCCUCUUCAACAUCCCCGAUAUUCGGUUGUUUUGGUCAAAAGACGAGCGGUUUCUCUCACAAUUCAAGGCGGGCCAAAUCACGCGCUUCGAGCCGUUCUCUAAGUACCCCGCUUGCUACAAGGACGUUGCUUUCUGGCUUCCUUCUGCUGCUACCAGCGGUGGAAGCGCAGCUGGCGGCGCGGUACCGGUUCAUGAGAACGAUAUCAUGGAGAUUGUGCGUGGUGUUGGUGGCAAUCUCGUUGAGGAUGUCAAGCUGAUUGACGAGUUCAUCCACCCGAAGACUAACCGCAAAAGUUUGUGCUAUCGGAUCAACUAUCGUAGCCUGGAACGAACGUUGACGAACGAGGAGACCAAUGAUCUCCAUGACAAAGUGCGGCAGAAGCUUGUCAGCCAGCUUUGUGUCGAAUUGCGAUGA